CAUUCUACCAACGGAUUGGCUUUCUGCCUUAGCAACGGAGCGCCAUCUUGAAUGACGGUCAGGAUGGGAAAGAAGUCCGAAAGAAGGCCCUCUUAUGGAGGAUACGGAAGUCCAUGAACAGUAUUUUAAUGUAAUAUUUUACUAUUUUGGAAGGAUAUUAACGAUGCAAGACGACUCGAGAGUGAAAUCGACUUGACCGAGAGGGAUUCAUAAAUGCCCGAACCGCAAUAGAGGCUACCGGGAGCAAUGGAGGCCGUGUACGAGGACACGGAGGUGAAGAUCAUCACGGAGGAGGUGGAGAGCUGCUACACGCUGAUGGAGGUGUCCUCGCCCAAACGGCGCAAGAGGAGCAAGGGCCAGGGCGACAAGGCGGACAAGGAGAAAAAGCCGAGGUCUGCCUUCCUGCUGUACUACUUCGACGUUCAUCAGAGCUUGCAGCAGGAGUUUCCCAACCUGCCGCAGUCGGAGAUCAACAAGAGGAUCAGCGAGAGCUGGAGGAUGCUCAACGUCGUGGAUAAGGGCUACUACCUCGCAAAGGCUAAGCUGGAGAAAGAGGGAGUCGACCCGGAAAAGCAGCCAGCGGGAACAUCCACGGACGUCCCGGGCUUCAGAAAGAUCCUCCCACGCAGGGACUAUGUGAUCCUCCCCAAGGGGGCGGUGAUGGGGGGGGAGGGGGCCUGCAGUCAGGCCGCCUCGUGCGCCACCCCCGUGGAGGUGCUCAUCGAGGGGGCGGAGCCCCAGCUGGGCGGGUGCGUGGGCGGGGCCCAGGCGGUGUCCCAGGAGGCCGUGCUCUCGCCCAUGGAGCUGGGCAGCGAGGUGGAGCUGUCGGAGCAGUGCAUCGCCAUCGAGGGCCUGACGGACGAGACGGCGGUGGCCCUCAGCCGGUCCGGCAUCCUGCAGGAGAUCCUGUCCCAGUACUCCUCCGGCCCCGACAGGCAGGCCUCCAGCCUCCUGCUCAAGGAGAAGAUCGCCGAAGUGGCGGGGGGGGCCAACAGCGCCGUCGGCAUGGUGAUGGAGGACAGGGGCGUGGCCGGCCAGACGGUGCAGGACGGCAGCCGGGACGCGGCUCACUUGGUCACCAUCAUCCCCAACCAGGAAGUGGUGGCGGCCAAAGUGCCCCCUGCGCCCAGCUCGGUGCUCUUCGUGCCCGUGGCCCCCAGCGUGGAGCCUGAGGCCCCGCAGUCCUUUAAACUGUCAAUAAAGUACACCAGGAGGGGGCGGGGAAACUGCAGCUCCCCCGGCUGCUCCUUCUCCUACGUCACCCGCCACAAACCGCCCUUCUGCCCCAAGUGCGGGCAGCACCUGGGGGGCAAGUGGAUUCCCGUGGCGAAGAGGGGCCAGUCCAAAUCGGCGCCGUUGCCCAUCCAGCCGGAGGUGGCGUCCCGCGCCCGGUCGGGGGGCUCGGCUCCCCCCGCCGACGAGCCCAAACUCAAACUGGAGGGGAAGUACGUCCCGAACUCCAGCGCCGACGCCGACCAGGCCGCGGGACACCCCGGCGCCGCCCAGGGCUUGGUCACGCCCAAGACGGAGCAGGACGUCGCGGUCAGUCCGCCAGCAGGGGGCGACGUCAAGCCACCCGUGGCUCAGCUGCAGGCGCUCGCCAACCCCUCCCCCUCAUCCACGGCCACGCCCUCGGCCCCGCCCAAGACCCCGCCCAAGACUGUGGGGGGCAGGUCUAAGAAGCGGGAGAAGGGCGUCAAGCUCGGGCCGAAGCGUCCCGUCCGCGCCAUCCUCCCUGCUCCCGCCCACACCCUUCAGCCACGCCCGCUUCCCGCUCAAAUUCAGACAGGCGCGGUGGCGCGAGCUAGCCUGGUCCAGUGGGUGGCGCUUUCCACGGAUAAGUUCCAGUACGAGGCUCCCAAAAACAAUGUCAAAGCAGUGAAGAGCCCCGUGGGAAAGGUGGCGGGCCUCAAGCCCAGCACCCUCAAACAGCUGGGUCACACGGUCACGGUGGACCGGCCUCAGCAGGAGCAGCCGGCUCCAGUGAACAGUGGCCAGGUUGUGGUGACGGAUAAAGGGCUGAAGGUUCUGUCUGUCGUUUCUCUGAAGCAUAACCCCGGCGUGAAUCUGGACCUGGGCCUGUCCACGGCUCGAGGUCGGGGGAAGUGUAAGAACCCGGAGUGCAGCUACGUCUACAAGAACCGGCACAAGCCUCCAGAGUGCCCCUUCUGCGGCUGCCAGCUCAGCAAGAAGCGCAGCGACAAGCCCAAAGUGCUGGUGGAGGCGGCGCCCGUGCUGGGCGAGGGGCUGCUGGACCCGUACCAGCCCCUGAGCUGCGCGCAGCGGGAGACGCAGCGGCAGGCCACCCUGCAGCUGCUGCGACGCUGCGUGCAGAUCCCCGAGAGCGAGGCGGAGCUGCAGGACGCCAUGGCGCUGAUCCAGGCGCUCAACAGCACCGAGGUGGUCCUGAGCAGCAGCGGCGAGCCGGGCGCGGCCCUGGAGCAGCAGUCCGGCUGGCCCGGCUUCUACGAGAGCGCCGCCCUGCACUGCGCCCUCUGCCAGUUCCCCCUGUUCAAGGGCGGCCAGAGUUCUGUGGCUGGGCAGGAGGACUGCUGGCUUCUGACCGACUCUCACAUCCAGACGGCCACCAUCCAGUUAAAGAUCUGCCUCAACCCCCAGUGCCUGGCUCUGCACAGCUUCACAGAUAUCCAUCCAGGUCUCUUCAAUGUGGGUAACAAGCUGCUGGUGAGCCUGGACCUGCUGUUCAGGAUCCGGAACCAGAUCCGGCUGGGAAACGACCCCACCGAGGCCGCCCUCACCAUCCUCAGGGGUGUCCAGAACCAGCCCGUGCACGCGCUGAGCCCCGAGGAGCUGUGCCACAUCCAGGAGCUCCUGUGCAGCGGGUACUGGGCCUUCGAGUGCCUGACGGCGCGCGACUACAACGACAUGAUCUGCGGCGUGUGCGGCAUCGCGCCCAAGGUGGAGCUCGCCCGCCGCAACGCCGCCAACGUGCUGCGGCUGCACAACGUGGAGUUCACCUGGCCGGACUUCCAGGCGCCAGACGAGGUGAACUCGGACGACUUCUGGCUGACGAUGGAGAGCGAGGCCGUCGAGCAGGCCGCCUUCCCCUCCAGCAUCCCCAUCACCAAAUUCGACGCCUCCAUCAUCCCCUUCUUCCCCCCCCUCAUGAGGAACUCCGUGGUCAUAAACACGGAGAAGGACAAGGACGUCUCCGACGCGCCUCCCCAGGGUGACCCGGCGGUGCUGGUCCGGCUGAUCCACGAUGGCGCUCUGAAGCCGGACCAGGUGCAGGAGCACGAGGCCGAGGAGCUGAGGGAGGUCCUGGAGCGCUGUGGAGCCCCGUGCAGCCCCGACAGCACCAAGGACGAGAUGGCGGCGGCUGUCUCCGCACUGUACGCACACGUGCAGAACGGCCUGGCUGUCGGGCCCCGCCCCCCCGAUGAUGUCACCGCCGGCAAGCUGUACAAGGUCUGCCCACACCAGGUGGUGUGCGGGUCCAAGUACAUGGUGCGGCGGGAGAGCGCACGGGAUCACGUGGACCUGCUGGUGUCCUCCCGUUACUGGCCCCCGGUGUACGUGACGGACUCCCCCCACCAGGUGGCGCUGUGCGCCGACGUGCAGUACCCCGAGCUGGCCUCCCACAUGUGGGGCACGAACCAGGGCUGCUUCUCGGACCCCAUGGGCGAACCGGAGUACGUGUCGUGUGCAGAACUGCAGGAUCAGUACGGCGUGGACCUCUCGGGGUCAGAGAGCGCCCUGGUGCACCCCGUCACCAAAUCGCCGUCCCGCUGGAUCGUGCACCCGGGGGAGGGGGGCGAGGGGGACCCCGCGUCCCGGCACCACGCCCUGUCCCUGUGCCAGGAGCUGGAGCCGUACCGGGGCGUGGCCGCGGGGCCGGGGGAGGGGCGCGGGGAGGCGGACCUGCAGGCCAAGCCGCUGGCCUUCGACAACCCGGCCUACUACUACCUGUACAACCGGCUGGCGGACUUCCUGACCAGCAAGGACAUCGUCAGCCAGCAGAUCGGCGAGGUGCUGCAGGGCUGCCAGCCGGGCGAGGUGGUCAUCCGCGACGCCCUCUACCGCCUGGGCGUGGCCCAGAUCAACACGGAGGCGGAGCCUGAGGACGGGGAGGAGGCGGGGCUACCGGAGGUGGAGAUAGUAAUGUCCUGAAGCAUACACACCCCCCCCCCCCCCCCACAUCACAGUUAUCUCCGAACAGUACAACAACGCCUGUGUCACGUCUAUAUAAAUCUAUAUAAAUCAGUCUCUCUCUCUGUCUCUGGUGUUCAGAAUCAGGACGUUGAGCUGAAUUCGUUCUGCAGUCAUUUCAAAGUGCCGCAGUGCCGCACU